CAAGAGGAAGUUGUUGCCCUAGCUAGCUAGUGUAGAGUGUGUAGACGAAGCCACACACCAUGGCCGCAGACGAAGGCCAGGUCUUCAACUACUGCAAGCUCGCGCAGGCCGCCUACGCCGCCUACGACGACCACAAUGGCACCUGCCGCUACUCCCUGGCCGACAUGCUGCCCGCCGUCGGCCUCGGCGGCAGCGGCUACGUGGCCACCUCGUUCAUCUACGCCACCGUCAACAUCUUGGCCGGCGACGGCGUGAACGAGGGAAACGACGACGACGGUUGCCAGCACGAGCAGCACUGGAUCGGAUACGUGGCCCUCGCGACCGACGCCGAGCGCGACCGCGUCGGGUACCGCGACAUCGCGGUCGUGUGGCGCGGCACGUCGGCGCUGGACGAGCUGCUCAAGGACCUGCAGGCGGUCCUCGUUCCGAUCCACGGCGAGCAGCAGGCCGGGACAGUGCGGGUGGAGAGGGGCUUCGAGAGCCUGUACACGUCCAGCUGCGAGGCCUGCGCCAUGCGGACCAGCGCGCGCACCCAGGUGCUGGCCGAGCUGACCCGGCUGGUGACGUACGUGAGGAGCAGGCACCCCGGCGAGAAGAUCCGCGUCACGGCCACCGGGCACAGCCUCGGCGGCGCGCUGGCCCUGCUGGCCGCGUGGGACGCCGCCGCCCCCGCGGCGGCGCUCGGGGUGGUGGCCGCCGUCAGAGCCGUGACGUUCGCGGCCCCCCGCGUCGGCAACCAGGCGUUCUGCGACGAGCUCGUGGCCGGGCAGCGCCACGUGUCCGUGCAGCGCGUCAUCGUCGACCGCGACGUCGUGCCCACGCUGCCGCCGACUUUCUUCGGGUACGCGGACGCCGGCACCAACGUUCGCCUGCUUAGCUCAGGCGGGUCAGGGCGCUUCCCCCUGCCGUUCCUUACCUUGCUCGAGCCAUUGCGCUUCCACAGCAUCAAGCAGUACCUGCGCCUCCUAGACCCGGCGCCGGCGCCGCCGCAGGCGCGGGCGCCGGUGCCGGCCGACCAUCUCGUCCCUGUCCCUGAGGCCGAGCUGGAUAAUAUGAUCUGACAGACAGAUGUUCGUGGUGUGGCUUUGUUCGGUUCGUGUGUUGAGCUACUGUUACGUACGUUUACAUCCACUACUGGAUCGUAUGCGUUCUUCGGUGUGGUUGAAUUGUUCGUGUCUCGUGUGAGUUGAAAAUCUGUUUUGAUCGAGUCUUUUGAAGUUUGAUGACAACAAUAAUCGGAACUUUUUUUUGUAAGAUCUGUGGCACGUUUGUUUAUGACUUUAUAUCUGCGAUGAAGAAGUCGAGUAGCUGGUGGAAACUGACAAACGAAGUAAACAGAUGAUGCUGAGACAGCAAUAAUAUAAUGCACACUUGCCAAC